AUGAAAUCAGCAAUUGCCUUCAAUUCACAGGCUUUACUAAUAAUACUUUUAUUGCCUAAACUUUUUAUUUCCUCAGUAAAUGCUCAGCAACAACAAGAACAACCUUCAAUUGUAGAAACUUCUCCUAACCAGGUCUUAAACACAACUGUAGACCCUCUUUGGGAUUCAGUUAGUGAGCUAUUUUACGACAAUGGUAUCUACAACCUUGAAGCAAUUGACCUUCGUCUUCAUGAAUGUGAAGUUGUCCAAAACUUAAACAAGUUCAUUGAACACGUCGAAGCUGAAACUCCACCAUCCUUUGUCCAAAAACUCUUUACAAGUCUCUUCCCAUUUGGUCCUGCACUCAAUGCUCUUCUUGCAACAACUUACAUCUCAGGACCUCCCAACUUUCUUCUUGCAUUGAUUCCUCCCAAUAUUGAUCCUUCAAGCCUUAAUACCCUUGUGUCCUUUGCCAUUGGUGGCCUUCUAGGUGAUGUAUUUUUACAUCUCUUACCUCAGACAUUUGUUGGAGAGGCCCAUGAGGCAGGUGCAAGGUUUAUUAUGGUUGAUGAGUUUCGUAAUACCCUUUUAGGCUUAGCUAUGUUUGUUGGAUUUCUGUCAUUUAUUAUUUUGGAAAAAACAAUGCGUAUAUUGGGAGCUGGUCAUAACCAUGACCAUGACCAUGAUUCGGUCAAGAUUACCCAUAAGGCUCAUAUAGAGAUUAGUGAAAACGAUCAAGAAGAAGAAAAAGAUGAUGAUGAUGAAGAUGAUGAAGACGAAGACGAACAAGAAGAAGAAGAAGAAGAAGAAGAAGAAGAAGAAGAAGAAGAAGAAAAAGCAGAAACUACUGGGGCUGACAUUGGUGAUAAAAAUACAUUGAAAAAACGUAAAAUACAUGCAGAAGUCUCUGACUCUUAUACCAUCGAACAAGAUGAACCCGAGGAAACCCCCAGAGCUUCUGUUAAGUUAUCUGCUUAUCUGAAUUUAAUUGCUGACUUUACCCAUAACAUUACUGACGGAUUAGCCAUCUCUGCAUCUUUCUACAUUUCCAAGAGUGUUGGUGCAACCACAUGUCUUGCUGUUUUUUUCCAUGAGAUUCCUCAUGAAGUUGGUGACUUUGCAUUGUUGAUUCAAGGUGGGUUUACCAAACGUCAAGCAAUGGGUGCUCAGUUUGUGACAGCAGUAGGAGCAUAUGUUGGUACUUUAAUUGGAAUUGCCAUCAAUCAUUAUGCUAGGGCCACUUCUCUAGUAGAUCCAUUGGCAGUAGUGGAAGCUACAGGGAAGGCAACAGGAUUGUUUGGGACUAAUGUUCAGUUGGCUGAUCUUACAUUACCAUUUACAGCUGGUGGGUUUCUUUAUAUUGGUACAGUAGGUGUGAUUCCCGAGGUAAUUGAGGCGGAUGAGGACUUACCACGGGGGGUUCAAGUACGUAGGAGUUUGGUAAAUCUUGGAGCAUUGCUUGUUGGGAUUGGGUUGAUGUUUUUGAUUUCAAUAGCGGAGUAA